AUACCGGAAGCAGGACUAAUAACUUCCGUUUGUCGAUAACGUCUGCCGAGCGACGAGUACAGGAGUGAUCUUCAAUGGCUCACGGCGCUCGCUCCCCCCUAGUAGCUGCCCUGGCAGUAGUGUGCAUCGCUGUCUGUAAGUCCGAACUGCAGGACGCCUCCCUCCCGUUCACCUACCCAGCUGAGCCUCUGCCUAACACUACCUCCCUCUACUUCGGCCUCCUACAGUCGUUUGGGGGUACCUACGAUGGCUCGGGCUCUAUCCCCGGGAUCCAGCUCGCCCUGGACAAUAUCAACGAAGCUCAGACUCUACUACCUGGAUACACGCUCCAGUUUGUGCUCAGAGAUUCCUUCUGCGAGCACACGACUGCUCUUGAGAGUCUCCACAGACUGCUGUUUGAGAAGCAGCGGACCAUGAUAGCCAUGAUGGGGUCUGGCUGCAGCCUCGCCACUGAGCCAACCGCAGAGAUUGAUCACUACUACAACCUCACCCACAUAUCCUGUGUGUCCUCGUCCAUCCUCCUCAGCAAUCGUACUCGCUACAGAGCCUAUUUCCAGAUGCUGCCGUCUGAGGCUGACAUAUCAGCAGCCAUCUACGGAGCCAUACAGGCCUAUGGCUGGGGAUAUCUGGCUAUCAUCACUCAGAAUGAAAACAUCCUCACGUUGGUGAGCACCAGUUUUUCCGUCGUGAUUUUUGUCACAAAAGAGCUACGUACGUAUGAGCUAUUAAGUGACGAGCUUGUUAUUUUGUUUCGACAA